CUUAUUUCUUCAUCCUCACUUCACCCACCUCUCCGCAGUUCAUUCAAGAAACCCUCGUCUCUCCAGUCUCCACUCGGUUUAACUCAGUGACCUCAAAAUGCGUGAAAUCCUCCACAUCCAGGGCGGCCAAUGCGGGAACCAGAUCGGAGCUAAGUUCUGGGAGGUCGUCUGCGCCGAGCACGGCAUCGAUUCCACCGGAAGGUACUGCGGCGACAAUGACCUCCAGCUCGAGCGAGUCAACGUCUACUACAACGAGGCAAGCUGCGGGCGCUUCGUCCCUCGCGCCGUCCUCAUGGAUCUGGAGCCUGGCACCAUGGACAGCGUCAGAUCCGGCCCCUACGGCCAGAUCUUCAGGCCAGACAACUUCGUCUUCGGCCAGUCCGGCGCGGGGAACAACUGGGCCAAGGGACACUAUACUGAGGGAGCUGAGUUGAUCGACUCGGUCCUCGAUGUAGUUAGAAAGGAGGCAGAGAACUGCGAUUGCUUGCAAGGGUUUCAGGUAUGCCACUCGCUGGGCGGAGGAACAGGGUCGGGCAUGGGAACUCUUCUCAUCUCGAAAAUCCGGGAGGAGUACCCUGACAGAAUGAUGCUUACCUUCUCUGUGUUCCCAUCUCCUAAGGUGUCUGACACAGUUGUUGAGCCCUAUAAUGCCACUCUCUCUGUUCAUCAGCUCGUUGAGAAUGCAGAUGAGUGCAUGGUGCUCGACAAUGAAGCUCUCUAUGACAUUUGCUUCCGCACUCUGAAGCUCACUACCCCCAGCUUUGGAGAUCUGAACCACCUCAUCUCUGCCACCAUGAGCGGAGUCACGUGCUGCCUUCGGUUCCCGGGCCAGCUCAACUCAGACCUCCGGAAGCUUGCUGUGAAUCUCAUCCCCUUCCCUCGUCUCCACUUCUUCAUGGUGGGUUUUGCCCCUCUCACAUCCCGUGGAUCCCAGCAGUACCGAGCCCUCACUGUCCCUGAGCUCACCCAGCAGAUGUGGGAUGCAAAGAACAUGAUGUGUGCUGCUGAUCCUCGCCAUGGCCGGUACCUUACUGCUUCAGCUAUGUUCCGCGGGAAGAUGAGCACAAAGGAAGUUGAUGAGCAAAUGAUCAAUGUCCAAAACAAGAAUUCGUCCUACUUUGUUGAGUGGAUCCCCAACAAUGUUAAGUCUACUGUCUGUGACAUUCCUCCCACUGGCCUUAAGAUGGCCUCGACCUUCAUUGGAAACUCAACCUCUAUUCAGGAAAUGUUCAGAAGGGUGAGUGAGCAAUUCACAGCUAUGUUCCGGAGAAAGGCUUUCUUGCAUUGGUACACUGGGGAGGGAAUGGAUGAGAUGGAGUUCACUGAAGCUGAAAGCAACAUGAAUGAUCUUGUCUCGGAGUACCAGCAGUACCAAGAUGCUACAGCAGAUGAGGAGGGAUAUGAAUAUGAGGAUGAGGAAGUUGAGGAGGAAGUUUGAUGUGUUUGUGUUUGGUCCUUGCCCUAGUUUAUGUCUGCUGCAAUUCAUGUAUGGAGUUUUGUUUUCGUGUUCCUGAAUGCCUCGUUUGGGGGGUUGCAAUGCACCUUACUUGCGCUGCAUUCUUGACCUGUCGCUAUGUUUUGCUUGAGGCAUCCUUGUUAGUCUUAGACUGCUGAUUUUACCAUGUUUGCUUAAUACAUCAGUAGUGAAUGGAUUCGAUAUUGUUGGAUUGGAAGUU